CUAGUUAAUAAGGGUCUUAAACAGUCACAUGAUUUUUUACAAUUUUAUCCAAUCAAAUUCAUCAAUAAGAGUUGUUCAAUUCUAGGACAAACUAGUAUCUUUAUUCUCGGCCUAUUAACAUUUUAUGUUACACAAGCCAAAACAUUGAUGCAGUCAUUUGUCAAAUUGAAAAUUGAAAAGGGUCUUAUUAUCCAACUCGAUCGUUAAAGAAAAAUGCCAACAGCGGUAACACAUUUUAAAACAAAUAUCUAUGAAUGUCUUGAAGCUUUACCUAAACCUACACUUGACCAACUUUAUAAAGAACCGGCUACUUGUUUGGCUAUCUUCAGACUUUUACCACCAUUGGCGAGACAGCUUGUAAUGUCAUUAUUAUUCACACAACCAAUUAGUCCUGUUAAUUUGACACAAUCAGAUUUAAGAUUAUGGGUGAAAAACGAAGAGGAAGCUUUAGCUAAAUUUCACGAAGCGCUGGAUAAAUUAUCAAAAUUAAGUAUAAUGACAACAGAUAGCUCUGGAUAUAUACAAAUAAAUAGUUCAUUCCGAGAACGUUUUCAAGAUUGUUUAACAGGAGGGGGAGACCACCAGAGUUUUGGAGUAUCAUGUGAAAGACCAGCAAAAGAUAAACCGGACAUAGCAUUCUUGGAUAGACAUGCAAUGAAACAAUGGGAAGAAAUUUUACAUUUUAUGGUUGGAACUGAAAGUACAAGACAACCUAGUGCAGCUGUACUUAAAGUUGUUACGAGAGCUAAAUUAAUGAAAGAAGGGAAAGAUAAACAACUUAUGAUUACGAAUAAAGGAUUUCAAUUUUUAUUACAAGAUGUUAAUACUCAAGUAUGGGCGUUUUUAAUUCAAUAUUUAGAUAUUGCUGAUGAGUUAUUACACAUGAAUGUUGUUGAAGUAUUAAAUUUUUUUUUCAUGUUGGGAAGUCUAGAACUAGGAAUGGAUUAUUCAGUUGAAGCGUUAACUCCAACUCAAAAACAAUUACUUGAUGAUUUGGCUAAUUUUGGUCUGGCAUACCGCAGGAAGAAAGGAUCAUCAAGGUAUUAUCCAACUAGACUUGCAACUACAUUAACAUCCGGCAAUUCAGCUGUAGUAUCAUCAGCAGUAUCAUCUAGUACAAGUACGACAACUGGUGAUGAUGGAGCUACUGAACAAGGAUUUAUUAUAGUUGAAACUAAUUAUAAACUUUACGCGUAUACAGAAUCAAAAUUACAGAUUUCAGUGCUGAGAUUAUUUUGUGAACUUCAAACCAGAUUUGCAAAUAUGGUUUAUGCCUUGAUUACACGUGAUAGUGUUAGAAAAGCGUUAAAGCAUGGCAUCACUGCUAAUCAGAUCAUUUCAUACUUAACAAGCCACGCACAUCCUCAAAUGAAGAAACAAACUCCUUUAUUACCGCCAACAGUUGUAGAUCAAAUUCGAUUAUGGGAAAUGGAACGUAACCGAUUGGUAGCAACCGAAUGUCACUUGUAUAAAGAAUUUCGAAAUCAAGGAGAUUAUGAGAUGGUAUUAAGACAUGCAACAAAUUUAGGAUUUGUAAUUUGGUCUAAUGCAAAGAAGCGGAUGUUUAGUGUAACAGAAGAAGGACAUGAACAUGUUAGAAAUUACAUAAAGAAGAAAAUUGCUCAAAGAAAAACUAAUGGUGGCGGUGAAGCUGGUAGUGGUAUUGGUACCCCUAAUAAUGGUAGCCCUUCUGUACGUUAGUCUAGUAAUCCGCACCGCAAAAUAAAAAAAUAAAUAUAUACUACUCCAUAGUUUUCGUGAUUGAUCAUAAUGAAAAUAUAGUAACAAUUCUCGUUUUCCUCAAUUUCAAGAAAGCUCUUUAGUCCAAUAGUUUAAUUGUGAAGGUCAAAGGAAAUUUUUCUCAUGUAUCCGAAAAAAUAAUUACUUUUCAAAAUUUAAACUUUAGAUAAACAUAAUAAA